AAAGGGUGGUCCCAUAAUGACGACAUUCACGACGCAUAUUUUGCUUUGCUUUCGCAAAAAAUAUCUCAUUCGAUAUUUUCGCUUUUUUCAAAAUGUACUAUACUAUUUGUCUAUCAUCAUCAUCAAAUAUGUGUUUUGAAUCUUUGUUCUGGUACUAUCGGCCAUCGAAAAAUGUGAAUAACGUCAAAAAUCAUUUUUUGUACAAGAUUUUGUCAACAACAGCUGACGAAAGCUAGAGAGAUGCAAAGGGAAGGAGUCGUCACUGCACAGGGACGAAAAGCAAUCCGUAAUUCGCAAUCCCCCCAUUUCGCGGAUCACAUACAUUGCAAUCUCAAUCCGCUCAAUCCACUCAAUCCUCUGAUUGUGUUUUGGGGAGUGUCGUACUGGUGGGGUUACUAGCAAGUUAGCUUCUAGCAUUAUUAGCCUAGCACAUCCGUGUAUGCCAGAUAAUAGCUUGUAUUUCGGCACCGCCUCGAAUUGCGUGUUUCACGUCUUCAUUGAUUCUGACAGUUUUGUAAAAUCAACUCCACCAUGGCGGCGGGCCCAUACAACUACUCCUACAUCUUUAAAUAUAUCAUCAUAGGCGACAUGGGCGUGGGGAAAUCCUGUCUGCUUCAUCAAUUCACGGAAAAGAAAUUUAUGGCCGACUGUCCGCACACCAUCGGCGUGGAGUUCGGUACCCGAAUCAUCGAGGUCAGUGGACAGAAGAUUAAACUGCAAAUCUGGGACACGGCCGGGCAGGAGCGCUUCCGGGCCGUCACAAGGUCGUACUACCGGGGGGCGGCCGGCGCUCUGAUGGUGUACGACAUCACCCGUCGUUCGACGUACAACCACCUGAGCAGCUGGCUGACGGACGCGCGCAACCUCACCAACCCGAAUACGGUGAUAUUUCUGAUAGGGAACAAGUGUGACCUGGAGGCCCAGCGGGACGUCACGUUCGAAGAGGCCCAGCAGUUCGCUGACGAGAAUGGACUCAUGUUUGUCGAAGCUAGCGCCAAAACCGGUAACAAUGUGGAGGAGGCGUUUCUGGAGACGGCCAAGAAGAUCUACCAGAACAUCCAGGACGGCAGUCUGGACCUGAACGCGGCCGAGUCGGGCGUGCAGCACAAGCCGAGCCAGCAGGGCGGCCGCGCCACCACGCUCACCGCCCAGGCUUCCACAGCCAAGGAGAACUGCUCGUGCUAGCCGCGCCGCACUGCUCGGUCAGGCACGGCCGGCCCCUGCGGACCGGCGGGGCACACACACAUACACACACACACCCCGGAGUGCUUUAGUGUGGGGGUGGGGUGUGCCGGGGUCACCGGCCGGCGCCCUAUGGGCUCGGCGGCCUCCCAGCGGGCCGUGAACGGGCUCCCAGCGGGUCCCGGGUAACUGCUGACCUUUCAGGCAGCGUCGGUCCGACAGGAUGAUAUGAGAGGUGCCAGCGUCGGGCGAACUUUGUCAUAUGUGAUAUACACGCAUAGACACACACAGGACUCACACAGCGUAGCGCGCUUACCCACGCGCCCGGCGGUCGGCCGCGCCUCCUGCGGGGCGGACCGGCCCGGCGGCAGAGCCCGCACGGACCGACGAGCGAUGCGCACCCUCGACCCGAUGUUGUGAUUUAAUCGCAUGUAUCUGUAACAGCGAACGGUAAAUGACAUAGCCGCGGACGUGCAUAAACGCGCAUAUAUUUUUAUGUUAUUCCAAUAGAUUAUAACGCUUCCUUGGUUAGUGUCAGUGGCGUGAGCGUCAGUGUGGCGGUGUAGGUCGUUUGUUGGCGUGCUAGCGGCCGCUUGAUUGGCUCCCGAUGUGACCGCCCCCUCGGUGUGCGAUGUGGACCUGUGCUUCUCGGCGGCGCCGUCAGAUGUCUCUGCCAGUGGCGCGGACUGGCAAAUCCCGGUGUUUGACUGUCGUCCGACCCCCUCCCUCUCUCCUCUAGUCGGCCGUCUGGUCGGCCACAUUCCUCGCCGCCCGUCUCGCCCGAAAUCGGCGCCCGUCGGGCGUCUCGUGCCCCGGGCGAGGCUCAGUUGUUACUUCGUCUGACGGGUCCGCCGGCUGACCUCUCGGCCCCGGGCCGGGACGUUGUUUUAAUGGGUCAUGUGGUAAAUAAAUCAGUUCACAGUC